AUGUCAUCGGCGAAUCUCAAGUUGGAGAUGGGUCUUCCACAGAUGGAAAUAGAGGAUUUUGAGAUCCCGAGCGGUGAAAGCUUGCUAGUGUUAGAGGGACCGGGGUUCCCUAUCCGCUCCCAGUGUAUUGCUGUGCUCACCCGCUGUAAUACCGGAGACGCACACGCGGACGACCAUCCGAGGGCGAGGAAUCACGUGGUAGCCAUGGAAACAGACGGGUAUCAAGGCGAUUCAGGCGGUCCGCUGGCGUGCUUCCAUGAUGGCCACUGGACCCAGGUGGGCGUGGUCUCUGGAGGCAUGGGCUGCGCCCACCCACGCUACCCCGUAUUAUACACGCGUGUUAAUCACUUCUACGACUGA